UACGUAGUCGCCAUUUUGUUUCACCGGGAGUAAAGAAACUGAGCCGAAAAGCGGCGGUGUGAAUAUUUCCCUUUUUUUUUUUAGUUCCACCUGGAUUACGGCGGAGAGGCAUCGUGCACCCGAGUUUAAAUUCGCAUGAUGUCUGAAGACAUGGCCACAGAUCAUGUAAACGGGAACGGCACAGAGGAACCCAUGGACACUACGGCAGCGGUCACCCACUCAGAACACUUCCCGGCUUUACUGGAGGCUGGUUUACCUCAGAAAGUCGCUGAGAAGUUAGAUGAACUUUAUGUAGCAGGCCUGGUAGCACACAGUGACCUCGAUGAGAGGGCGAUUGAAGCUCUGAAAGAAUUCAACGAGGAGGGAGCCCUGCAGGUGCUGGUCCAGUUCAAAGAGAGUGAUCUGUCACACGUGCAGAACAAAAGUGCCUUUCUCUGCGGGGUGAUGAAGACUUACAGGCAGAGAGAGAAACAAGGGACAAAAGUUUCAGAUUCCACUAAAGGACCCGAUGAGGCCAAAAUCAAAGAGCUGCUGGAUAGAACCAACUACACGCUCGACGUGACGACCGGCCAGCGAAAGUAUGGCGGGCCCCCGCCUGAGGAGGUCUACUCCGGGUCCCAGCCCACUGUGGGAACAGAGAUAUUUGUUGGCAAGAUUCCCCGUGACCUUUUCGAGGACGAGUUGGUUCCUCUCUUCGAGAAGGCCGGACCCAUCUGGGACCUCAGGCUGAUGAUGGACCCCCUCAGCGGCCUUAACAGGGGCUACGCCUUCGUCACGUUCUGCACGAAAGAAGCGGCGCAGGAAGCGGUGAAGCUGUGUAACAAUCAUGAGAUUCGCCCGGGCAAACACAUCGGCGUGUGUAUAUCUGUCGCUAACAACAGGCUAUUUGUUGGCUCCAUUCCCAAGAGUAAAACAAAGGAGCAGAUUGUUGAAGAGUUUGCUAAAGUCACAGAGGGGCUCAGUGACGUCAUACUGUACCAUCAACCCGACGACAAGAAGAAGAACCGCGGCUUCUGCUUCCUCGAGUACGAAGACCACAAGACGGCAGCUCAGGCCCGCCGCCGGCUAAUGAGCGGCAAGGUGAAGGUGUGGGGAAACGUCGUGACGGUGGAGUGGGCCGACCCCAUCGAGGACCCCGAUCCAGAAGUGAUGGCCAAGGUGAAGGUUUUAUUUGUGAGGAACCUGGCCAACAGUGUUACAGAGGAAAUCCUGGAGAAGUCCUUCAGUCAGUUUGGAAAACUGGAGCGAGUCAAGAAGCUGAAAGACUACGCCUUCAUUCACUUUGAGGAGCGGGACGGUGCAGUGAAGGCAUUAGAGGAGAUGAACGGGAAGGAGCUGGAGGGAGAGCCCAUCGAGAUCGUUUUCGCUAAGCCACCAGAUCAGAAGAGGAAGGAGCGCAAGGCCCAGAGACAAGCCGCCAAAACACAAAUGUAUGAUGACUAUUACUACUACCCUCCCCCUCCCCACAUGCCCCCGCCGGUGAGAAGCCGGGGCCGAGGCGGCAGCCGGGGCGGCUACUCCUACCCCCCGGAUUACUACGGUUACGAGGACUACUAUGACUACUACAGCUACGACUAUCACAACUACCGCGGCGGCUACGACGACCCCUACUACGGCUACGACGACUUCCAGGCGCCCAGCCGGGGGCGGGGCGGCAGCAGGGGCGCCCGGGGCGGAGCCUCGCCGGCCAGGGGACGCGGCGGCGCCGGGGCACCCAGGGGCAGGGCCGGCUUCUCCCAGCGCGGCGGGCCCGGACCAGGCCGCGGCGGCGGCGGCGGGCGGGGAGCAAGAGGAGGCGUGCAGCCGAGAGGGCGAAGAGGGCAGGAAAAAGGGGUCGAGGCCGGUCCUGACGCAUCGCUAUGAAGACUUGGCCAGCGUCGGUUCGGUGCUGCAGGCUGCCAGUGGAUGGGAGUGGUAAGGUCAACAGACUGACUCAGAGGUCCAAUGGUAUUCCAGACUUUUCUUUUCUUUUCUUUUCUUUUUCCGUUUUGUUUUGAUACCACAAUUGAAGAUGAUCAGAUAUUUUUUUUUUGUAAAGAGUUUAUAAGCCCCGCCCCCUCCCUCCCUCCCCUGUACCAUCCCACAUCUGCCAUUUGAGACUUUCUGAGUUGGAUUUCAAGUUCAUGAUGGACAUCCUGGAAAAGGCUUUGCACUUUUUUUUUUCUUUUUUUUUUUAAUUGUAAAAGUUUGAAGUGGUUUAGCAAAAAUUUUUUACAUUUUUUUUUUUUUUUUUUUAAAUUUUCUUUUUGAGUGCUUUAUUGAACUACAUCCUCACGAUGGAUUGAUAAUCUAUGAUUAUCUGAGGUGGCGUUGAGGUGCGAUCCCCCUUCCUGGCCGUUGAAGGUCGGGCAUUCCAGGAAAAAAAAAAAAAAGAAGGUUCGUUUACUACCUCGGUUUCGCGCCUGCUCUGUCUCGUCGUUUUUGGAAACGGAGGCAGGGUCCGAUACCUCGGAGGUUUGCACAGGAAACAACGGAGCACUUAUCGAAGGCCGCGUUCUCGCCGGCGGUGCAGCUCACGCCAGAGGAGUUGAAAUCACGUCAAAUUAUGUCAACACAAGGCACUUAGCUCAGGCUUGUCGGAGGACUUUUUGGUUUCUACGAGCUGAGAACUCUUCAAAUCAAUCAAAGUUUGGAAAAAUCAUCAGAUCUGCUGCGACGCCACGACACGAGAAGUUCAACAUCGGCGUUAAAUGUAGAAGAAAUACCACUGGGAUUUGUUCGCAAAGGCACGAAAGCACUUGGUAUGGAGAAGCGGAGCGUGUGUGAGGGUACUUCAGUUCCAGAGAGAUCAUUUUUAAAAGAAUCUUUCAUUACAUGUGAUGACAAGUACCUGUAAUCGCGGUUUAUAGCGAUGAAACAAGAUGAAAUAAAAGUGAAGAAUUGCACCGUGAAAACCAGCGUGCACGCACCAAUCUGAUUAUAACGCAUUCACAAGCCUCAACACUAAAGUUCCACGUGUUUCUUCGCGAGUGACCGGCUCGGGGCCGUGAGCUGCACCGGUGUGUGUGUGUGUGUGUGCGUGCGUGUGUGUGUGUGUAUGCGUGUGUGUGUGUGCGUGUGUGUGUGAACGCAGCCCGAGACGUGGUCGUAAGACUUGACUGAGCCUGAAAGAGCCUCGCUGUCUGGACGGAAAGCGAUCAAAGAUGUAGUGGGCGGGACAGAAAGUUUUGGGUUUUUUUUUUUUUUUUUUUAGAGCCGUUAUUUUUUAACGCGACGAGCGCGGCGGCCAUCCUGCGUCUUCCACAACGGGACAGCUGUCUUAACAUUUCUGUUGUGGCUUGGCGGGAUGUUUCAGGCCUCCACACUCCGGUGAUGUACGUUGCAGUUUUUUUUUUUUUUUUUUUUAAAACAAAAAACCCCUCCAGGAGGUUUUGGAUUAUUUCAGUUUGAAGUCGGUGCCAUUACGCCCUGCAUAUGAACCCUGGUCAAAUCAUGCCUGUAUCGUGGAAAUUAUUGACGGAGCUCAACUUCUUCAAGGCUGUUUUCAACAGUUUUUCUCAUGUCCGAGCACUUUAAGUGGAAAUAUCCCCUCUUUCAAUUGUAUUCUCCCCCCUUCUCCUCCACUCUAAAACUUGAACUUCUUCCCAGCGACUCAUGAACUCAGAAUUAGAAUGAAACUAGAGUUCAAUCAAAUAUGUGACUUUUAGUCUCACCCGUUGAUUCAAAUAAUCCAGAACGCGGAGUAGAGUUUGGACGUGCAGCGUACAUCACCAGCUUUUUAUUCUCCUCCUCCGUUGGGUUGGUUUCUGCCUUCUUGUGAUGUUUUGCCAUUAAAGUCGGAGCUCUUCCACUUCAGAGAUGACUGUGCAGCUUCCUCCACGUUAGGUUUUUAUUUUUAUUAUUAUUAUUUUUUUUUUACUUCAAACUAGAUUUGACUCUUGGAACUCCGGUUUAAUGAGUCAAGUUUUUUUUUUUGUGCUAACAAGUGUGUUUGCAGUCUUGCAAAUGAAAUGUUUUAUACUGUACAGUGAGGUGAGUUAAACCUAUUUUUCUAAUAAAGUUAUUGACUUUGA